CCGACUCCCAGGUUGAAGUGAUUCUCCUGCCUCAGCCUCCUGAGUAGCUGUGAUUACAGAAGUUUACCAAUGGAGUCUUUCUCUGCUGAGAUCAAUUCAACUGACCUACUCUUACGGCCAUGGAGUAAGCCCCCAGAAAUUCUCUCCAUGGUCAUUCUCAGCCUCACUUUUUUAUUGGGAUUGCCAGGCAAUGGGCUGGUGCUGUGGGUGGCUGGCCUGAAGAUGAAACGGACAGUGAACACAGUUUGGUUCCUCCACCUCACGCUGGCGGACCUUCUCUGCUGCCUCUCCUUGCCCUUCUCGCUGGCUCACUUGGCUCUCCAGGGAAAGUGGCCAUACGGCAGCUUCCUAUGCAAGCUCAUCCCCUCCAUCAUUGUCCUCAACAUGUUUGCCAGUGUCUUCCUGCUUACUGCCAUUAGCCUGGACCGCUGUCUUGUAGUACUCAAGCCAAUCUGGUGUCAGAAUCAUCGCAGUGUAGGGACAGCCUUCACUAUCUGUGGAUGUAUCUGGAUGAUGGCUUUUGUGAUGUGCAUACCCAUGUUCAUGUACCGGGAAAUAUUCACUAUAGACAACCAUAAUACAUGUGGCUACAGAUUUGAUUCCUUUAACUCAUUUGAUUAUUCAGACUUCUAUGGAGAUCUACUAAAAAACAGGUCUUCUGAAAACAUGGUUCAGCUGCCUGAAGAAAUGGAUGAUAGGUUAGAUCCUUCCCCUUUCCAAACAAAUGAUCAUCCUUGGACAGGCACCAGUCUCCUCCAACCUCAAACAUUUCAAAGACCUUCUGCAGAUUCACUCCCUAGGGAUUCUGCUAGAUUAACUACUCAAAAUCCAUAUUCUAAUGUAUUUAAACCUGCUGAUGUGGUCUCAUCUAAAAUCCACAGUGGAUUUCCCAUUGAAGAUCACAAAACUAGCCCACCAGAUAACUCUGAUGGUUUUCUCUCUACUCAUUUAGAGCUGUUCCCUAGGGCUUCUAGCAAUUCCUUAUAUGAGUCUGAGCUACCACAAGAUUUCCAGGAUUAUUACUAUUUAGGCCAAUUCACAUAUGACAAUCAAGGGCCAACACCCAUGGUGGCAAUAGUCAUCACCAGGCUAGUGGUGGGUUUCCUGCUGCCUUCUGUUAUCAUGGUCACCUGUUACAGCUUAAUCGUCUUCCGAAUGCAAAGGGGCCGCUUCGCCAAGUCUCAGGGCAAAACCUUUCGAGUGGCCGUGGUGGUGGUCACUGUCUUUCUUGUCUGCUGGGCUCCAUACCACAUUAUGGGAGUCCUGUUACUGUUUAUUCAACCAGAAACUCCCUUGGGGGGAGCUCUGAUGUCUUGGGACCAUGUGUCCAUUGCUCUAGCAUCUGCCAAUAGUUGCUUUAAUCCCUUCCUUUAUGCCCUCCUGGGGAAAGAUUUUAGGAAGAAAGCAAGGCAGUCCAUUCAGGGCAUUCUGGAGGCAGCCUUCAGUGAGGAGCUCACACAUUCUACCCACUGUUCCUUAAACAAUGUCGUUUCAGAAAGAAAUAGUAUUAGCACGACCGUGUGAAAAUAUGGAGCAGCCAGGAAGCAGGGGCUCUUAGGUAUGAAUAUUUCUAAAAGGAUUAAGAGAUAGGAUGAGCAGGGGACUUCAAAAACUGUCGAAGAAUCAAUCCAGUGGUUCUUUUUUUUUUUUUUUGAGACGGAGUUUUGCUCUUGUUACCCAGGCU